GGGGGGGGGGGGAACGACAAAAACAAGCAAACGAUAGAAAACCCUAAAGGAGGAAGAUAGGACGACGAAAUCGUGGGUUUGAAGAUGGAAUCGGGCGGAAGAAGAUGGAUGGCGGUGUUGUUGGUGGUGUUGGGUGAGUUAUCUCUGUCAUCGUCUUACCUAAACCCCCGUUUGCUGCACGCCGGAAACAAUUACUUGACCACACAAGAGCACUGGUUCAAUCAGACCCUUGAUCACUUCUCCCCUUAUGACCAUCGUGAAUUCGAGCAGAGGUACUUUGAGUUUCUGGAUUACUUCCGUGCCCCAGAUGGGCCCAUUUUCUUGAAAAUUUGUGGUGAAUCUUCUUGUAACGGAAUUGCCAAUGACUAUCUAAGCGUUCUUGCUAAGAAGUUCGGUGCUGCUAUCGUUUCCCCUGAGCAUCGCUACUAUGGAAAAAGCUCUCCCUUUAAAUUACAUACUACUCAAAAUCUUAAAUUUCUUUCAUCUAAGCAGGCACUUUUUGAUUUGGCUGCUUUCCGCCAAUUUUAUCAGGAAUCCCUGAACCAAAAGUUUAAUAGAUCAAAUGUUGAAAAUCCCUGGUUUGUGUUCGGUAUCUCCUACUCUGGAGCUCUUAGUGCUUGGUUCCGCCUAAAGUUUCCUCAUUUGACUUGUGGAAGUCUUGCAAGUUCUGGUGUGGUUCUUGCUGUAUACAACUUUACAGAGUUUGACCAGCAGAUAGGUGCCUCAGCUGGCCCAGAAUGUAAAUCUGCUUUGCAACAAGUUACACAGCUUGUUGAAGAAGGGUUGACCUCAUACCCGAAGGCUCUAAAGUCAGCCUUUGGGGCUUCUGAGCUAACAAUUGAUGGGGACUUCCUGUAUUUUCUGGCUGAUGCUGCGGUUACUGCUUUUCAGUAUGGAAAUCCUGACAAGUUGUGCUCUCCUCUUGUUGAAGCAAAGAAAGCGGGUCAAGAUUUAGUGGGUGCUUAUGCCUCAUAUGUGAAAGACAACUUUGGCUUUAGUGUUGAAACUUAUAAUCAAGAGCACCUGAAGAACGUUGUUUCUGGUAGUUCUGAUAGAUUGUGGUGGUUCCAAGUGUGCAGUGAAGUUGCAUAUUUCCAGGUAGCACCUGCAAACGAUAGCAUUCGAUCAUCUAAAGUCGACACAAGAUACCAUUUGGACCUAUGCAAGAAUGUCUUUGGAGAUGGAGUUUACCCUGAAGUUGAUGAGACUAAUUUGUACUAUGGAGGCACAAAGAUAGCUGGUACCAAGAUAGUAUUUACAAAUGGCUCACAAGACCCCUGGCGACAUGCAUCCAAACAGAUUUCAUCUCCUGACAGGCCUUCUUAUGUUGUCACCUGUCACAAUUGCGGCCAUGGGACUGACUUGCGGGGCUGCCCUCAAUCACCAUUGAGUAUUGAAGGUGAUGACAAGAAAUGUAGCUCUCCUGAUGCUGUCAACAAAGUGAGACAACAGGUAACAGAGCACAUAGAUCUUUGGUUGUCUGAGUGCCAAAAUACUGCUAGGGGUUGGAGUUCUGUGUAAUGAGGGUGCUUAUACAUCUGGAAACACUUGUAUUUAACCUGUCGAAUAUGUGCUAUUUGCUAUAUAACCGUCCUAAGCUACUGUUGGGCAUAAUUAUUGUUCUUAUACUGUUAUACAGCUGUGUGGACGUAAUUUUUUUUUUUUUUUAAAAAAAAAAAAAAACUAAAUGAUGAAGGCACACCAUAUAGGGGCCGGGGUUAGGUUGGGGUGUGGGUAGAGGAAAUCCCCUCAAAGUGUGCUUAGUAAAAAUUGACCCAGGUGGAAUUGACCCGGGUCUCAUUAUGCUGGGAAGUGUAGAAGCCACUACUUUGUACAAUGUACUCUUUGACGAGGUCACUGUUUUAUGACUAAUGGAUGUACUCUGUAAUUUACUUCAGAAUGUAAUUUCAUUUUAAUUACUACGUAUUUAAGGCCUUGUUUGUUUUAAAUUGAA